GACCGCAACGGGUGGACCUGGGUUUGCACGGUGGCGUUCAAAGUCGAGAAUGAUAAAGACGAUGACGAAUCGUCGAAAAAGCUUCUCGCCCGCGUGCGUGCUCGACCCUGCUUAAUGGUCUUUCCUGUUAACAACGUCAUGAGCUCAGAGCCGUUUUGCUGAUUGCCCAAAUCCUUUCGAUACCGUGCCAUCAAGCAGUCCGAUGAAUACUCUUUUUAGGAUAUGGCCAGUCAGCUCCUACGGGGGGUUUCCUCUUGGCCGCUAGCCUAGUUGACAAGGAUGUCUGUCGAUUGCUGUCGAGGAUGGUUUAAUGAUUGCAGCUCAUGGUAUUGACCGCAGGCACAACAGGCCACAGAUCCAAGGUUGUUCAAAAAUCAAGAAUGGAGUCACCAUCGCUUCUGCUUUGCCUUAAUGUCGGCUCGACCAGCUUGAAAUUCAGCGUCUACCGUUUGCAAGAUGACCUGCCCGUGCUUCUCGCCGGGUCUUUGCAGCCGCAGAAGGAUUCUUUCGCAGUGGGAGUGAGAAUCACCAAGGGCUAUGAAGGCGCCAAAGCGAAGUGGGACGCAAAUGACCACGAGCUGGUGUUGAACGAGUACGACUUUAACUCGCCCUCUGACCAAUUCGCUGCCCUCAUACAUCUGAUGCGCAUCUGUCCUGCCGCUGACAAAGACAAAGACUUGGACUUGUCUCCGGACAAACUUUCCCUCGUCGUGCAUCGUGUUGUGCACGGUGCAAACAUGCAGAAUCCGAUCCACAUUCGAGCAGGCCACCGGGGAAGGCUUGAGCAACUGGAGAAGUUGAAUGACUUCGCGCCGCUACACAACAAGCCCGCGACGACGAUCAUCGAGGCCGCUCUCGAGCAGCUUCCGGAGCACACCUGGCAGCUCGUGUACACCGACACGGAAUUCCACUAUUGCUCCAUCCCGCCACAUAUCUACACGCUUCCAAUUCCUCAACAUAGCGCUCUGCCUGGCGGUCAGCCUCCGCGAAAGUGGGGGUUUCAUGGCCUCGCAUACUCCUUUGUCGUAAGACAGGCCGCCGCGUUCAUCGGUCAGUCGGUCGAUCAAACAAACCUCAUCGCGUGCCACCUCGGUGGCGGAUGCUCCGUUUGCGCCAUUCGAGAUGGUAGGAGUCUCGAUACAUCCAUGAGCUUCACACCACUCGAUGGUCUGCCAGGAGCCACCCGUUCUGGUUCGGUCGAUCCAUGCCUUGGAUUCCACUUGACGACAACGCACGCGCCGAAACGCGAACAAAUCUACCAGCGACCCGAUGGAAAGCAGCCUGUGACUGAGAUCUAUGGUGUCAGCAUCUCCACACCCGAAUAUAUCUUAAACAAGGAGAGCGGAUUCAAAGCGCUGGCUCAUACGACUGCUUUUAACGAAAUCGUGUUGCAAAUGAGUAGCAGUCAAGGCAAGGAGCGUGAGCAAGCAAAGCUUGCAUUUGCUCUCUUUGUCGACCGUCUAGCUGACUAUAUCGGUGCUUACUGGUUCAAAUUGGUCGCAACUGGGGCUAAAGUGAACGCGCUCGUCUUUAGCGGCGGUAUCGGCCAGAAUUCAGACGCGUUGCAUGCGGCGCUGGCCGACCGCUUCAAGUCCACACCGAUGGCUCCCAUGUUUGUGUCCGGAUCAGAGCGAGGACAUACAGACAACGCCUCAGCCAUUGUCGACCUGGUGGGCGACAUACAUUCAGAUCAUGUGCGAAAGAACUGUGCGAAGAAAAGGAACGGUGUCCGCUGGCUCGUGUGUCAU